AUUUUCUUCCAAAUGUUUCGAUUAGCUAGAUUAACACAACAAUUUCAAGCACCCUUGCUGCGUAAAGCAACUUAUAACCAAGCACGAAUUUCAGCUCCUGUUUUCGCUUGGCGUCAAAAUUUCUCUCAAACGCAGUUUAGCCUGUCAAGUGUUGAAAAGCCAGCUGGAGAGAAAGAAGCGGAGGAGGACGAGCUUGAAGUGAUUGAUCCCAAGGAUUUCCCCGAGCUUUACCCCACCGAAGAAGAAGAAGGCGAUGUGGAAGAACAAGUGGACACGGAAUGGUUUGUAGAUCCGGAAUUCACGGACGAAAAAUUAUUAUCAGAAACGGAUUUUAUACCCUUGUGGCAACGUCGUGCAGUGGGCGAUCACUUGGAAGAUCGCUUAGCACUUCAGCAAGUGUCCAAAGAUUUGAUGGAGUCUGGUAAAUUGACAGCAGAGACAUUGGUGGAGUUAUUAGAGGAGAGUAAGAUGGAUAAUGUUCAAAUUUUGGAUGUUCGAGAGAAGUGUGAUUGGGCUGAAUACAUGAUCGUAGCUUCCAGCGCUAAAGGAGAUAAAUACUUGAGUGGUGUAGCUGAGCAUAUUGGUGGUGUGGUCAAGAAAGCGAUCAGCUCCAACCCAGAUACCUUAAAACUUCAGCCUGCACCCCAUAUUGAAGGCAGAAAUGACAAAUCCGGUUGGCUCUUGAUUGAUUUGGGUCGCAUCAUUGUACAUUUAUUCACACCCGAAGUAAGAGAGCGUUAUGAUUUAGAAGGCUUAUGGAAGUCUGUAUCUACUGAUCCUUCUGAGCCUAUGGCUUAUGAAGAAGAAGAAGAGAAGAAAAACACUGUAUAUUAAUAAUAAAAAAAGUGAUGUCACACAACUAUUUCGAACACAAAAACUAAAACAAAAAAUAACACGAAAACUCCUCUGGCCC